CGCAUGCGGUCACAUUGACUAAAGUAAAAAUAAAUAACAAGCGCGUGCCCAAAAAGAUCUGAAUUUUUUGUAAACAAAAACUAUUUUUGCCCGGAAUACAUAGAUGAACGCUGUAAUUGCGCUAUGUCAUUUUUGCGAAGCACAUGGUCCCUGCGCCAUCUUUUGUACGCAAACGUUGCGUGACACAAAAAUCGAAGACCUACUGAAUGUAGAGCAGCAACAGCAGCAGGGCCAAAAGACUUGUUCAGCUUGCAAUUAUACACUGGGGCGCAAUAACAAUGCCAUCUACAGCAAGGAUACGGAGAGUGGCGCCACAUUUGUGAGCACUAAAGUGGCUGUCCUGCCUGAAGUGGCAAAUCUGGUCAAGCAGGCAGCCGUGCGCAGUCUCAGCUGUGAGAUAAACACCAACAGAGAUGGCGAUGGCGAUGGGGGUUUCGUUUUCUUUGGUGACUCGUCUCGAGGACAUAUACUUAGCCACACAUUUCGCGUCAGCGAUUUGCAGUCUCGUGGCUACUAUCAGCUCUUCUCGAUUAUUGUUUUAAUGAAGGAUAAGUAUUUUCUGCUAAACACAAAACCCUUUCUGGCAGAGCAUUUGAAGAAAGUUUCCACGGAAUUGCAAACCGGAGCGCAGCGCACCAAGGCAGCUGAAGAGCAGAAUUAUUCGGUUAGACAACGUCGUUUGUCAGGCGCACAGUUUCUGAUGCCGACACCACGCUCUCUGAUCGAGUUGACUGGAGAGGAGCAUGUAUUCGCUCAGUUGCACUCCCAUUUUGCUUGGAUACUGCUAGCCGGAUCGCGAUUCCUUACCGAGCACGUCACCUUCGGCAACCUGCCGUGGUUGCCACCGCAGAGCAGCGGGCGACCGCCGGCACAGCGACUGACGUACAACAGCUCUACGCUGCCAAUGAUACAAAUGUAUGAGGAGAGCAUCGAUAAUCCCGAACAGGAUGAAUUCUUCUCGCUGCGACAUAUUAAGAUGGUGGUACGCAAGGAGGACUUUGCUACCGUUUGCUACUGCGCCCUAACGGGCGUUAAGAUCAUUGUUCGUGGCGCACCGGACCGCACCUUCCAAUUCAUGGUGUGCCUGAAGAAACUGCUGCCUGAACCAAUGCACAAUUUAAUGCGCAUUGAUGCACAGCAUCAGCACUCAAUCAGUUCGGAGUACAAGAUAAUAUCGGUGUCAAAUGAGAUUGCCGUACCAAUUGCUAGUAGUUCCGUGCUCCGCAUUGACUUCUUAGAUAAGCAUGUCAAUGGCAACGAUAUCGUCUCCGUUAAGUGGCCCGGCGAACUGCCACGCAAGUAUCCUGACCUUAUGGUCAAGCUAUUGAAAGCCGUACAAGCAGUCGAGGAAAAGACUUUCACCGAGUUGGUGCUCAACAAGCAGACAAAGGUGCUUAUCGAGGAGUGGAAGAACAAGGUCAUUUGCCUGAAUCAUGCCAAAUCCGGGAGCGUGCAGGCCAAGUUGAAGAAGGUUCUCGGAGUGCAGCCGCAGGAUCAACCAAUUCUCAAUUAUUGGAGCACACACUUGCACUAGGCUUAGAUUAGCUUUAGAUUUAUUGUACAUACGAGUAUAGAAAUUGUUUUUUCACUUUUUGGAAUAAAAGUU